AUGCCUCGCCCGGGCCGCAACACGUACAGCGACCAGAAGCCGCCGUACUCGUACAUCUCGCUGACGGCCAUGGCCAUCCAGAGCUCGGCGGAGAAGAUGCUGCCGCUGAGCGAGAUCUACAAGUUCAUCAUGGACCGCUUCCCGUACUAUCGGGAGAACACGCAGCGCUGGCAGAACUCGCUGCGCCACAACCUCUCCUUCAACGACUGCUUCAUCAAGAUCCCGCGGCGGCCCGACCAGCCGGGCAAGGGCAGCUUCUGGGCGCUGCACCCCAGCUGCGGGGACAUGUUCGAGAACGGCAGCUUCCUGCGGCGCCGCAAGCGCUUCAAGGUGCUCAAGGCCGACCCGCUGGCGCCCUCCAAGCCGUCCGAGGCCGCCGCCGCCCAGCACUACCUCCAGCAGCAGGCCAAGCUGCGCCUCAGCGCCCUGGCGGCCGGCGGGGGCGGGGGCGGCGGCGGCGGCGGCGGCGGGGGCCCGCACCUGCCCCCCAUGCCGCCCUACAGCCUGGGCGUCUCGCCGCCGUCCAGCUUCAAGCACCCGUUCGCCAUCGAGAACAUCAUCGCGCGCGAGUACAAGAUGCCCGGCGGGCUGGCCUUCUCGGCCAUGCAGCCCGUGCCGGCCGCCUACCCGCUGCCCAACCAGCUGCCCGCCGGCUGGCCCCACAUGUACGGCUCGGGCAUGCUGGACGCGGCGGCCAGCCCCAUCGCCAUGGCCGGCGGCGACUAUGGCGCGGCCGCCGCCGCGGCCGCCGCCGCCGCCGCCUACGGGGUGCCGCUCAAGCCGCUGUGCCACGGCGGACAGACGCUGCCGGCCAUCCCGGUGCCCAUCAAGGCCACGCCGGCCGCCGCCGCCGUGCCCGCGCUGCCCGCGCUGCCCGCGCCCCUGCCCGCCAUCCUGUCGAACUCGCCGCCCUCGCUCAGCCCCACGUCGUCGCAGACCGCCGCCAGCCAAAGCAGCCCGGCCACCCCCAGCGAGACGCUCACCAGCCCGGCCUCGGCCCUGCACGCCGUGGUCGCGGUGCACUGA